AGCCUGGUGGAGCGAGACGCGUAUCCCUAAAGAAAGAAAGGAAAACAACAGCCGUGCGUUGCAGUCUUUUGAGGAGAUAUGAUUUGUGAGGUUUGCCUCUACUUGUGUAUUUCACGGUGAUUUUUCCAGAAAUGUGAACGGUUCAAAAUGUGUCAGAUGUGAUGAAAGUCACAAAUUGCAUAGGAUUCUGUCAGAUCAGGAUUUUGGGAUAUUUACCUCCGCUGCACAGUUCAGGUUAAAGGAAAAACAGAUCUGUAAAACAUGCAGAUGACGCACACGGUCUGGAUGUGAAUGGGGUUUAGUGGAAAGCCCAUGUGGAAAUAACCAAACCAAAAACUGUGGAGAACCGGCUUCAAAAAUGUCUCUAUCGACUGUGCUUGCGAAGGCACUUUUUGACAAUGCCGCUGAAAGCCCAGAGGAGUUGGCAUUCCGUAAAGGUGAUAUCCUGAUGGUUCUGGACCAAGAACAGGAAGGUGGACCUGGCUGGUGGCUUUGCUCCCUUCACGGUCGGCAAGGCAUUGCCCCCGCCAACCGACUGCGUCUCCUUCAAACUCAGACUCCCACUUCAAGCACAAGUACAGAAACCCGACGGGCUCCUAGUGUGGAUUCAGUCCAUCUUUCACCUAACCAACUGGGCUCCGUAAAUGGGCUGACUGCUGAAGAUUUAGAUGGGGUGUAUCUCUCUCCACCCAGCUUGACAGAAGGGGUUUACCAAAGCCCUGGGGCAGCACCUGUUCCAGUCAGGUCUGGAGAUCUACGCCAUCCUGAUGGAGGAAGGCCGCGAUCACACUCUAGUUCUGGAACCAGGCCUCGUCCAGACUGGGGCGAUAUGUCUGUGGCAGGGAGACCCCGCUCGCCCUCUCUUAAAGGACGGGGUGGGGAGUCAGGGACCCUUUAUCAGACACCAACUUCGCCUGCCCCGCUGGCGGCACAACACAGAUCACAGGGUGCAUUAGCAUCAGAUUCGGUUUACUUGAGUCCAAGUGCUGUUUCGAGGUCUACAGCAGAAACGGGAGGUGAGGCAAGAUAUUUAACCCCAAAAGAUGCAGCGACAGGGCAUUCUGAUGGAUGCUACUUGGUGCCAAGGUCAGCUGUAACUGCACUGACCAAUGAAAAUUUAUAUCAGACUCCGAGUGGUGCAGUACCAGGAAUAAAUUCGAGACUUACAGAUGGAAUUGCACCUAAAAGCAGCCCAUCUUCUGCCAUUAAUCCUUCUGGUCAAGAUGCCCCAGGCAUGUACCAAACCCCAACCACACCUGGCGGAGCAGUAUCAAGGACUCCUCAGUCUGAGCGCAAACAAACCUCUGGAACUGCUCCUUCAAAACCGGCGCAAAAUGUUAAGCAGACACCUCCUUCUGUCCGAGGAUCUCAGAGGACACAGGGUACUUCUUCAACUCCUCCUACUAGUAGAGGAAAACUAACACAAGGUAGCAUGAGGGAGUCCCCUCUACUCACCAGGACAGGAAAGUCCGGAGUACCGGGUUCCCCAAACUUUGGCCGCAAACCACCUCCUCCAGCGCCACCAGUUAGAAGUGUAACCAGGAAAGAUUUACCUCAAUCAAGUAUAACUCCAGCUACUAAACCUGUUCUCCAGUCAAAACUUGCAUCCACACAGACACAGAUGCUUGAAGAGGACAGACAGGGAAAUAAAAACGGAAAUGCACAAGUGGAUGAGAAUAAACAGAACGGCGAAUCAGUGACCAAGACACCUUGUGCAAAUUCUGAAAAACUCAGUGAUGAGGUAUAUGAUACACCUCCCACCAAAAGGUGGCAAAAUCCAGUUCCUGCAGUGCCUUCUGAGGAAGAUGAUGAUGGGAUCUAUAACACCCCUCGUGCUGUACUCCCUGAUCAGGCCUCUGAGAUUUAUGAUGUCCCCACGCUGGCCCUUAAUUCCUCUUCAGACCAUCAGCAGCAAACAUACAAAAUACCAGGACCAGCUGCUGUGACUGGUGAUGCAGAGGAUGAGGAUGUAUACAGUGUUCCCAGUCUCCCCGGUUUACCCUUGGAGGCAAGCGAGAUGCCAGGAAUUAAUUCUAUUUCCAGUCAAAGAAAGCAAGAUUUAACCAGUGAAGAUGGGUCAGAAGUUGACGGAGGCAUCUAUGACAUGCCUGCCCUCACUCUAGAAAUCCCAACGCGACGUUUGUCCAUAUCGAGCAAUGGAUCUGGGGACGUCCAGUGGAAAGCCUCUCUUUCUGCUCUUAUCCAGUCUGCACUGACUUAUGCAUCUCUCACCACCACACCCUCCAGAGACCUAGCUGCUGCACUCGCUGAGAUACUUUCUGUUUGGAAGGCAGGCCAUGUUGGUGAUGUUCCUCAAGUUCUCCAGCAAGUUUGGUCUCGUCUAUCAGACCUACUUCCGGCACUAACAGUGUGUGGCACUGCCCCUCCAGCUGACGGUCUACUGCAGAUGGUCCGCUGUGCUCUGGAAGACUCCGCCUCCUUUCUGCAAAGUCAGACGCGGCCCAGACUACCUUCCCAGGAGUCUCUGUCCCGGAGACCUUUACCUGCUCUACCGGUGGCAGAGGUCAAACCGAUCUCAGGGGACAUGGGGUCAAGAAAGGGUAGCUGGAUCCAGGAACGACCACUUCCUCCUCCACCACCAGUUGCCUUCCCGUUGCCCCCUGCACCCAUCUCCUUAGCCCCUACCACAGGAAGGCCUGAAGAUGAGGAACAAGGGAAUGAAUAUGCAGGAAUUGGCUUAACUCCUACACCGCCGCCUUCAUAUCCUGUAGGUGAUAGUGUGGGAUACGUCAAACUACAGGGGAAGCCUGAGCCUCCACCAGACGGCCACACAGAUCUGAGUUCCUCACAGCUUAUUACCACAAAUGACAAUAAAUUGAGUCCCUCUCCCCCUGUUUCGAUGUCUCUGGAGGAUUCAGAGCUCCUCUCCUUCUAUUCAUCUCAGAGUCUCUCUCAUCUUUCGUGUCUGGCGGAUGCCAUCGACUCCCUGUUCACAAGUGUCCAAGGGAACCAACCACCUCGAGUUUUUGUUUCCAGGGGGAAAAGUCUUAUUGUAACUGCACACAAACUUGUCUUUAUCGGGGACACACUUGCACGUCUUCUCAGCUCUUCGGAUCUCAGGGCAAAGGUCACCACCUCCAGUGGACGCCUCUGUCAAGCUCUAAAGGCGGUCGUCGUGGCAACAAAGGGGGCAGCCCAAAAUUAUCCUUCAGUCCCUGCUACGCAAGAAAUGGUGGAUAGGGUAGCUGAUCUAUCCCAGCAUGCCGCUGGCUUCUCUGGGCUUUUGCAACGAUUAGCGGAGAUAUCUUGAUAUUGUUUGUUUGUGUUUUUUUUAAGCUUUAUUAUUCACAGUGGAAUGCCUUAUUCUUUUUGUUAUUUUUAUAAAUAUGUUUGUUUAUCGAUUGUGUUUAAAAAGGUAUCUAAAGUGUGUCACUGCCUACAUUGGUUCAGCAGUGAUAAAAUGGUGGUAUGUGUAGGUUUUGACCCUUUAGAGGAUGUGUGUGCGUGUGUGUGUUUUUAUUUCUAUUUGUUUGUGGUGCCAAGCACACUUAAACAUUGUUAUAACUUAUUGAUGGAUGUUUCAUUUGGAGAUGUUUGCAACCUCAGGCACAUUUUCUGAUAGCUUUAUUUUGUCCCCUUAUUUUGAGAUCUUAUCAUCACAUAGCGUAUACCAGUGAUCCUUUUAUAAAAAGUCUCCAUUUAAGGAUUUGUAAUUAUUCUGUUUGUUUGUAAAUGUGAAGUGGCCUUGGUGGUGAAGAGAUUAUUGAAGUGACGUAAUUGGAAGUUACAAAUGUAAGCAAAACAACAGGGCCAUUCGUUCAGAUACAGCCAUGUCAAAGGCAGUGAACCAGUAUGAGUGCUUGAUUUUGAAGUUAACAGGACUUUUUGAAUGAAAACGUUAUAAUUUAUUGAACUUUGGUGGAUGGGUAUUGUAUAGUGUUUUUCCCACAAUGCUGAUUCAGAGAAAAACCUGUCCGUCAGGUCAACUCACCUCCCUUUAUGAGUGCACGCUUUGUGUCCCUUACUGUUUUCUUUCCCGUAAUUCUCACACUCCCACCAUCAGAUUCUGCCAAAUUAUCCAACUGAUAACAAAGGCAGUUAAAUGGUGAAGCAGUUUGGGCAACCGGUUAUGCACAAUUAAUAUUAUACAGGGUUUUUGUUUUUAUUAGGCUAUGCAGCGUUUUCGAAACAGCAAUAUCUAUAUAUCUACUAGCUUCCAUAGAGGCAUUGAAAACAGUUACUGGUGCAUUUAUUUGGGAUUGUUUGCUAUGCUGACAGGUCUGCAAACCGCUUGAUACUAACCAGUCUGGGCUUUGUGAAUAUGCAGGUUAAAACAUGCACCUGCUUACUUUCUGUCUUGAGAUAUCAAUCAAGUAUCAUUAAAGUACCCUUUGUGUUUAUGUCACCUUCGUAGGCUGCAUCUCAAAGACUUUGUUUUCUUCGUAAUUCUUUCGUCUGCUCUGUCUAUGCUCAUUCCCUCAGUUUUAUCUCUAAAUACAUUUUUCUUUAUGCUUUUAGUGUUAUUCUCGCUGUUGGUUCACAUAGAUGAGACAAAAAUACUCUAGACCUUUAACAAGAGAUGUGGUCUACCUGGGCAGCCUUUCUCAUAAUCUGAUUUAUUAUGUCAUUACAAUGCUUGUCAUGAGAAAACUGCUGAAGUUAACAAGUUAACAUAAAUGCUAUAGUUGACUUUCGGCAUUAAAUGUGUAUUUGGUCAGCCAUAUCAAAAUGGAUGCAGUGGAUUUGGUGUUGAAAAGUGGUGGGGUGUCUAAUGUAGUGGAUCAAGGAUUGAGGAUUAUUCUGAAAAGAUUAUUCCAGGAUUAGAUUUAGGUUUGUCUAGUCCUGCCAUCUGGUGGACUUUAUCAGUAUUACUACAAACCAUACUUGUGUAAGUAAAUAGGAAUGAGGGCCUCAACAGGUACUUCAGUAAUACUUCUAAACACUUACUGGUGGAUAUACUAAGCUACGUUAUGUUUGCUUUUAAAAGAGCUAGUUUGUCUUCUGUACAAAAACAAAUAUUUAUGUAUAUAAACUAUUGUUCAAUAGUCCUCAUCAGGAAACAACAUUUCCUCUCAGAAGGCUCACCUGUCAUUUUUAUGCUUAUAGUAAUGCUUAGGUUUAACUUUUCCAUUUAUUUAUUUGAUUUUGUUAAUCAAAUGUCUGCAUGGCUUUAAGUUGCUUUUCUAUGCACAUGUAACCAGGGAUGUUUUCCUGCAACUUUGCAUUAAUAAUUUAAAGUUUGCUUUAAGAAUGUAUCUAUGACGUUCAUUUUAUGUGCUUUUUGACACUACACUAAUGUUAAUUUUGACAUUUUGUUUGUGAGACAUGCUCUACAGGUACUUAGGAAGUCUUUGGUACUUGUCAGAUUUCUUCAAAAUACAAUUUUGCUACAGAAAA